UAACCUUCGGCGAAUUCAAACGGUGGAUUUCCGCAUCGGGUUGAGUUUAAUAUUUUGUAUGGCUUUCAACAUUUUCUAUGAUUUAUCGAAGAUAAUCAAGGAUCCCGGAUACAGCAAAUAUUAAAGGCACUUCACAUCGAAUGCAACAUGACUGCCCGGAUUAUAUUGCAAGUUUUUGACGAGUAUCAAAAGGCUCGUGUCAGCUUUGUGCAAACUGUAGCAGAUCUCGCUUCCAGAGCUCAAAAUGUUGAAUCCCUAGAAAAUGCCGGUGUCUUGGACUUACUACGUCCGUUACUCUCAGACAUUGUCCCAUCAAUUCAGCAAACAUCGGCUGUUGCUCUCGGAAGAUUGGCCAACCAUAAUGACAGAGUCGCUCAAGCAAUCAUUAGGAGAGAUAUAUUACCCCAGCUACUUAGAAAUAUUGACAAACAAAGCAAAUUCUACAAGAAAGCAGCACUCUUUGUACUACGUGCCGUCGCAAAGCACUCCCCGGAAAUGGCUUCGGUGGUUGUUCAUUCUCAAGGUCUGCAAGCUAUGGUCAUUUGUUUAGAGGACUUUGAUCCAGGUGUCAAAGAAGCAGCUGCUUGGGCGAUUGGAUAUGUUGCUCGACACAACAAGAGUCUUGCUCAGGCUGCCGUUGAUGCUGGUGCUGUGCCCUUACUCGUACUGUCACUCCAAGAGCCCGAGCUGUGUCCCAAACAGAUUAGCGCCUCUGCCCUUUGCGAUAUAAGUAAACAUUCCUUGGACCUUGCUCAAACAGUUGUUGACUCUGGGGCAGUUCCCUUUUUGGCAAAGGCCAUUUCUAAUCCCGACCCUAAGCUAAAGAGGCAAGCUUUUUCCGCCCUUGGGAGCAUAGCCAAGCAUUCCAACGAAAUGGCUGAAAUGGUUGUCGAAGCUGAAAUAUUUCCGGAUGUUCUCGUUCACAUGGGGCACCCAGAUGACAAUGUCAAUAAAGCUGCCGCUGUUUUAACCAGAGAAGUGUGUAAGCACACACUCGAGCUGGCUGAACUUAUUGCAAACAAUGGGGGCAUCGGCGCGUUACUUCAAUUAAUAAGUACAUCCAAAACAGAUUCGAGAUUACCUGCUAUUAUGGCUUUGGGAUAUAUAGCUGGGCAUUCGAGCCCACUGGCUAUAGCUGUAAUCGGGUCAAAGGGUGUCGUUGAGCUGGCCCUGGUGCUUCAGCAAGAAUCUGAAGAUCAUUUGGUCACCAUAAUAGUAUGGACCCUUGGCCAAAUAGGAAAACACACACCAGAACAUGCAAAAGCCUUAGCGGUGGCUAAUAUAUUUCCAAAUUUAUUAGAGCUGUACUUGGACCCUAAAAGCUCGGAGGAACUUAAAACUGAGUGCCAGGCUACGCUGAAGCAAGUUCUCCAGAAGUGUAUGCACAUCGAAGCUCUGGAGCCCUUGCUUUACAACGCGCCACCAAAUAUAUUGAAAUACGUUGUUGGCCAAUUCAGCAAGAUCCUACCAAAUGACGCAAGGGCUCGCAGGCUGUUUGUGACCAGCGGAGGAUUGAAAAAAAUUCAAGAACUUCAAACUGAUCCAGGAUCUACGUUAAUGGAGUAUGUUACAGUAAUAAGGUGCUGUUUCCCCGACGAAAUUAUUAGAUAUUAUUCUCCUGGUUAUCCUGACACGCUUUUGGAAGCAGUGGAUCAGUUCCAACCAAAAUGUCCCUCCGUCUUUACCAUGGAGCAGAAAAUGUCUGACGAACGUGGUGGCUCUAGUUCAGCGCUAUUUCAGUUUAAUGAAGAACAGGGCUGAAAUUCAUUAACUCACAACCCCUCUUAGAUAAAAAUAAGAAUAUUUAAUCCUUCAGGGUUUAUUCAAUGUACAAAUUACAGCUAGACACUGAUAUUAGAUUCUAUCUAUUUUUUUGAAGUCACUAAGCUUAACAAAGAUACAAGAGUAUUAAGAUACAGGUUUAAAUAAGCUCAUUUUAUUCAGUCAUUAUGACUUGCAUCGAAAAAAAAAAAAAAUCCGAUUGAUGCUUGUAGCUGAAGUCAAAUCUGAUCUACGUUUUGCGCACUGAAAUAUUAUUGAUUUGGCAUGCGUUCUUUUGGAUCAAAUUAUAGAGAUUUGAAUGUUCCAGAAACUUUCUGUAAUAUGUAAAAAAAAAAAGUUGGCCAUCAUCCGCACCUCUUUUGCAUCGAGGUAAUCACUCAAUUGAAUAUUCCAAAGUUUCUAUCGGUACGUUAUUAAUAAAACUCCAAUGAAAGUAUGUCUUUCAAAGUGUAGGGGCUAUUUAUUUUUUAUUAUUAGAUUAAUUGAAUGAGCAUGCAUAGGAUGAAUCUCGGCUCGAAUUUCGAAUGAAAUCUAAGGCAGGCUUGGCGUUUUUCUGGGAUACAAAGUAAAGUAUUUUUAUAAUAGAUUACAUAGCGCUUUUCGUAUGCGUUUUGACUUCAGGAACGCGAUUUCGUCGAGUAAAUCAAGCUUAUACCAAAACUAAUGGAGUUUUUUCAUUUUUUUUCAGUACUCUCAAGACAUCUGAAGAUUCACGCAGUAAGCGGUCUCACGGAUUCGCCAAAGGGGACCAACGCCAAAAUGAUGACGUCUCACUCACUAGUGAGCAUUUCCUUAAAUUCAACAGGAAGUGUAUUUACGUCUGCUGGUAUUAGAUUAGAAAAUUGAUUAGCAUAAAUGUACAGCCAAUAUUAAUUAACGUAUAGACAAGUAUAUUUCCAUGUUCUGUAUUUAUUAGAAGGACUAGAAUAAGAGUAGUGCUUCAAACGCACUCACAUCCUGUAAAUGAUAUUAAGACGUUUUGAAUUUAGUAAUAUAUAUUUGAUAAAUUAUUGAAUGUAUCCGACCUGAAUAAUUUAUAAAUAAAACACCAGCUAUUCUUAAAUGAA